AUGUCAUCAAAGAAUUGUUUAGAAUUAAUUUCACAUAAAUUAUACAACAUUGAAGAAAUCGUUAACAAUUUCUAUAAGAAUCUUCCAAAAAAGAAUAUGGAUUUGUCACAUUUGAAUUGUGAACAGUUAGAAAACUUGGUAAAUGACACACUUCAAAACAUCGAAAAUAAAAAUUCAUCAACUACCCAUUCCAAUAAUCGUGAUAACAAUAAAAAACAUGCUCCAAAUAACGUUCUCCGCGAAUUAGGGCAAGAUUUAUCGAAUAAUACUUUAGAAGACUUAAUUAAUUCUACUACUCAACGUUAUAAUAACAAUAACUUCAAUGAUAAUAAAUGA